ACAAAAUUAUUCAUAAAAUGAUGUUCCUAUGGUGGAUAACAUAUUUUAGUAUUUCAAUUACUGUUGUAUAUGGAAAUUUUGCAAGAAAAAUUUACGGUGGAAAAGAUGUUCAUAUUGACAAAUUUCCAUUUCAAGUAUCGGUACAAAUUAGAAACUAUCACAUUUGUGGUGGUGCUAUUAUUUCUAAUAAUCAUGUGUUAACUGCGGCAAAUUGUGUACUGGCUGAACGUGAUGUAGUGUAUGGAAAUAUUCAGGUACUGAGUGGAACAAGAGAUAUUAUGUAUGAACCAUCAACCCAUGAUAAAAAAAUUAUUCAAGUAUCACAUGUUAUAUUUCAUAUGAUGUAUGAUCCACUAAAUAAUUGGAUCAAUGAUAUAGCAAUUCUUAAGCUUGAAUCACCAAUGACUUUCACGAGAGCAUUGCGUGAACCAGCACGUGUACCACCACGUAACACCUUGGGACGUAUAUAUCAUGUGACUGGGUGGGGUGUUGAUCCAGUAACUCUUGAUUUAUCAAGAUAUCUUCAACGAUUUGAAGUUAAUUCAAUUCAUCCAGGUAUUUGUAAACUACGAUAUUAUAAAGAGACAGAUCUUUCCUCAACACAGUACUGUUUUAUUCCAACUUUACCAACAUCUGGAGUGUCUCAGGGUGCUGGUGGUAGUCCUGUUAUGUACGGACGACAAAUUCUUGGAGUUAUUUCACUUGAUUCUUUGGAUGUCAAUCAACCAGCAAUUUACACUGAUGCUUUUGGUCAUAAAUCUUGGAUUGAAAAGAUGACAGCAAGAAUAAUAAUUUAAAAUUUCAAAUAAUGUCAAUCAUUGAAUAUUAUGAAGUUCUAAAAUUUUAAUUAAAUAGUAAAUUCAUCAAGUUUACUAAAUUAUUUUUUUAGUAUAUUGUAAAAUGAAAAAUGAAUAAAUAAAUAAAUGAAAACCAGUCGUUUAUCGUAGUAACAAAA